UUUCACAUAAAACUUCAAUUACGCAGUCUGCAGAUUGGGGGGUAAAGUUCCCUGCGCCCAUUAAUGGCGGACGACGAUGGAGCUUCAUCGAUCCCUAAUUCCAUCCCUCCACAUCCUUCAGACUCGAGCCUCCAAAAGAAGCACGCUUCAGUUAUUGAACGUCUCGCCAAUCGCAAUCAGACUCGCUUAGAGAACUCCAUAACCCGCAGAUCGGAGUCGGAUUCCUCUUCCUCUUCCACAUCCUCGUUUCUUGUCCGCUUUUCUGACUCCAAGCGCGCCAUCGAGUCGGACCUCGCCCAAUGCCGCCUCACUCCGCCGGAGCCCUCUCAAGUCAGAUCUCACCUCGACGGGAUUUCCGCCUCAAUCUCCGACCUCGAAAAGCUCGUUGCCGAAACCUCUUACUCCUUGCCCUCGUAUGAGGUACGAGCUUCACUCAAAUCGAUUUCGGAGUUGAAGCAAAGCCUCGAGGAUUUAAAUUCCGAGUUGCUACCUAAAAAGAAAUUCUCAUUCAAGAACAAAGGCACGAAGAAAGACACAAAAUCGGAGUCUAAAGACCUAGGGCUUGGAAAUGCCGGUUCUAUGUUAACGAACAAGCAGCAGCAAGCGAGUUACAUCGCUCGAGAUUCUCCAGGAAUCAGAGACAAGGAUGGCGAGGUUCUGGUAAAGAAUUUCAAGGGAUCGGAUGUUGGGGAGUUUACCAUCUCGGGUCUUAGUUCAUGCGAGGUCAAAUUGAUUGGUAGCGUUAGGGCGUUAUUUAUUCAUAAACUACGAAACUGCAAAGUUUAUACGGGACCUGUAAUGGGUUCAAUUCUAAUCGAUGAUGUUGAGGGGUGUACAUUUGCAAUGGCUUCCCAUCAAAUUCGGAUUCACAAUGCGAAGAACAGUGAUUUCUAUCUUAGAGUCAGGAGUAGGCCGAUCAUUGAAGAUAGCAGCAGCGUUCGAUUCGCGCCAUACUGUGUGAGUUACGAAGGGAUUGAGGAAGAUCUCAAAGAUGCGAGCCUCGGCGAGGAGACAGGAAAUUGGGAGAAUGUAGAUGAUUUUCGUUGGUUGCGAGCGGUGCAUUCGCCGAACUGGUCGAUUCUGGCGGCGGAUGAGCGAAUUGACACCGUCAAAAUCUCAUCUACAGAAGGUUGAACCCUUGUGAGUUAAGUUUCUCAUCUCUACUUGUGAUAAAAGUUUCUUUGAAUGUUUUGUUCGUUUAUCAUAGAGAAAUUUAAUCAGAUGACAUCGGUUGAUUUUGCUGUGCUUGUGUUGUGUUAGUAUUAUAUCCAAAACUGGGAAUUCUAGCAGAUUCUCCCCUUUACAAUUGGUUGAUUUUUAAGAAAUCUUUCUUGGCUUCGCUGUUUUUCUGCC